AUGGACCCCACAAACGACCCUAACUUCACGCCCCCCUCGUUGAAUAGAAAUAUCGAGCCCCCAGCCCAUUCAGACAAAAUCCCCCACAACUUACCCAUCCAACCACUAGUUUUGGCCGAUUUGGGAAGCGAAGUCGACGCGCCAACGCCCCAUCCACUGGCCGUAGGCGCCCCGGAAAAGGAAAGAGAAUCCCACCGCUUCCACCUGAAGAUUCCUCGCAAACACACCGAUUUGAUGAACUCGUCGAGCGACGAAGAAAAAGAAGUGAAGAUCUUGCCCCCAACCAUCAAAGUGAAGCUGUCGCAGAUCGCCGACUUGGAAGAAGUGCCCCACGGCGUCCAGAGGCAGGCGAAAACGCUCGAUCAAUACGAAUUCCCAUGCCACAGGCUCGCCACCACGCUUUCAGAUGACUCCAAGUACCCGUUGGUGAUUGUCGCGUGUGGGCUGUUUCUGCCAAUCACGUACCUCCAUUUGAGAAUGUUCGAGAUGGCGUUGGACGCCAUCACCGAGCAGACGCGUUUCGAAGUCGUGGGCGGGUACUAUUCGCCCGUUUCAGAUAACUACAAGAAGCAAGGGUUGGCGCCCAGCCACCACCGCGUGAGGAUGUGUGAGUUGGCGUGCGAGAGAACGUCGCUGUGGCUCAUGGUGGACGCGUGGGAGCUGUUGCAGCCGAAAUACACCCGCACGGCGUUGGUGUUGGACCAUUUCAACGAGGAGAUCAACAUCAAGAGAGGAGGCAUCCGAACGCAGCUGGGGGAGAAGCGCGGGGUCAAGAUCAUGCUUUUGGCCGGCGGCGACUUGAUUGAGCUGAUGGGCGAGCCCGAUGUGUGGGCAGACACGGAUUUGCACCAUAUUUUGGGCAAGUACGGGUGCUUGAUAGUGGAGAGAACGGGUUCUGACGUGAGAAGCUUCUUGUUGAGCCACGAUAUCAUGUACGAGCACCGCCGUAACGUGUUGGUGAUCAAGCAGCUCAUUUACAACGAUAUCUCGUCGACGAAGAUCCGCUUGUUUGUCAGACGAGGCAUGUCGGUCCAGUACUUGUUGCCCAACUCGGUGAUACGGUACAUUCAGGAACACAAGUUGUAUGUCAAUGACACAGAGCCCGUGAAACAGGUGAUGAGCGACAAGGCCGAUUGA